AUGUUGGUGAGCGUGUGUAAGAGCAGUGAUCGCGUGGAGACGACGCCUGGGCACGAUGCUCGCGCUGGGAGUCACUCCCGCACUGCGCCCGAGCGCCGGCCGACCGUGAGCGGCGGCAUUCGGACGCCAGUGGCGACGUCCUCGGUCGCCUGCGUCGCGCUCUACACGAAACUACUCCACUAUGAAUACCUCCGAUCGAGAGAGUUUAUUAAAGAUAAGUCUCUGUUAGUUUCAGAAGUGUAUCUCCGCAACUGCACGCCGCCGGCCAUUGAUGACUUCCCGGCGGGUCUUUUCACGGAGCAGCAGAGGCAGCAUGGAGCCAUCGUACUUCAUGCCUUCAUAUCCAUCUACCUGUUCCUGGCACUCGCCGUCGUUUGCGAUAAGUUCUUUGUACCGGCUGUUGAGAGAAUAUGCCAAGCACUAAAUAUGACCAACGACGUAGCUGGUGCCACCUUCAUGGCUGCAGCCACAUCGGCUCCGGAGCUCUUCGUAAAUGUUAUUGGAACUUUCAUUACGGAGGGCGACAUCGGAGUUGGUACAAUCGUCGGCUCAGCAGUCUUCAACAUUCUCGCUGUUGCUGCGUGCUGCGGUAUAGGCGCAGGAAUGGUUGUACCACUAGAUUGGUGGCCAUUGACUAGAGACUGCCUGGCCUACGGAAUCACAGUAUCUAUACUAAUUUGUAUAAUGCACGAUGAGUACGUUCAGUGGUACGAGGCAUUCCUGCUUGUCAUGCUGUAUGGGGUCUACAUUUGCAUCAUGUACUACGAUAAAUCUAUUCAGAACUUCGCUAAAGGUAACUGGAACUGUGUGUCCGACAUGUUAAAGAAAAAUGAGAAGCACGACAAUGCUGUUACAGCAGAUAAUGAACUUAAAGAUGCUAAAGAAACUUCACCUGUAAACAAAAAUGAUCUAUCGUUAGAACGUCACCAACACAACGGGAAUAUAAAAAGUGCAUUAUCUCUUUGCCCAGAUAAAAAUGAAAAGAAUAAUGAAAAUGAUUCGUCACAAUCUGUAAGCUUACCUGCCGCUGACGGUGAUGGUGAUAAAGCUAAGAAUACCUGCAUUGAUAUGGAAAACAAGGAUAAUGAUGUGGAAGUUGAAAAUUCAGUGGAAAAUGAAUCCGUUGUGAACGUCGAUGACAAUAAUAAAGAAGGAGAAGAUAAAUACGUGCAUUCGCUCUGGAAGUGGCCUACUGGAAGGAGCUGGCUGACUAAGAGCACCUGGGUGGUGACAUGGCCUAUUCACCUGGUGUUUUUGUUCACCAUCCCAGACUGCGAGAAGCCCCGAUUCAAGAACUGGUUCCCUCUGACCUUCAUCAUGUGCAUUGUCUGGAUAGGAUCAUUGUCAUAUAUAGUUGCUUGGAUGAUAACUAUUAUAGGGGACACGUUAAUGAUACCAGACUCAGUGAUGGGUAUAACUUUCCUUGCCGCUGGUACGUCAGUACCAGAAGCUGUUUCCAGUGUAAUAGUAGCAAAACAAGGACACGGUUCUAUGGGCAUCAGCAACUCGAUCGGAUCAAACACUUUUGACAUUCUGCUAUGCCUCGGGCUACCGUGGCUCAUCAAAGCUUCGCUUACUCCAGCCGAGGCGGGUCACUACUGGGUGAAGAUCAAUUCGAUGGGCUUGGAGUAUUCUGCUAUAUCGCUGCUGUCAACGCUGCUGCUGUUAUACUUGACGUUUUGGUUCAAUAAGUUCAAGCUAGACGCGGCGGUGGGCCGCGCCUGCCUCGCCAUGUACGCCAUGUUCCUGGUGCUCGCAACGCUUAUCGAACUGAACGUUUUCUUCCCCGUCAACAUGGCAUCAAGAUCUAGAAAGUUAAUUGAAUUAGCUACAGGUGUAGCUCAGAUAGAUAACACACAAGAUGAGAGUGAAAAUGCCAAAAGCUCGAGUAAUACAAUGCAAAUAUCAACAGAAGGCAAGGACGUCGCAAUAGAUUCCAUCCGACCUCGUAGUAGUUCGACUAGUAGCAGUAGUUCCUGCAGUUCUUGCAGUUCCUCGAGUUCUAGAAAAUCUUCAAGCAGUGAUCCAUCUAUAUAUCAAGACAGCGACGACUCGGUAAAGGAUCCUGAUUAUGAAGCCCAAUCCACAAAACGUGCUGAGUAUUCUUUUGAUACUGACGUGGAAGAACAUAUCACGACCAACUAUAAUAACAUUUCGGAUGAUCCUAAUUUGGUAACAUCAAAUAUGGCUUCAAUAAACAAUGACAACUACGAGGAACCACUUUCGUCUACAAACGAACAUGUACUCAACGACUUCGGUGUCAUAGAAAACAAUGAAUCUUCUGCGAUUGAAAGCAUAGAUGAAGAAAAAGAAUCUAAGAAAGAAGACUAUGAAUUACAUCUUAAGGAAAAGAAUUGGUCUCGUAUUGAAAAAGAAAAAGAUAAGAACAACAAAAAUAUUUGUGUAGCGGUCUAUGAUCUUCAAGCAGUGUUUCAGUGCCCAAAAGGCGACGUCUCAGUUUUUACUACAAAUCCAAACUAA